GGAUGUGGGGAGGAUCACUCCCUCACUGGCUGCCUUGGGAAGAGGCUACUUCUCAGUAACUCCCACCAGCAACUGGAUGCAGUAGCUGCUGGCUGCUCAAUAUGAUUCUUCUUGCUGUGCUUUUUCUCUGCUUCAUUUCCUCAUAUUCAGCUUCUGUUAAAGGUCACACCACUGGUCUCUCGUUAAAUAAUGACCAGCUGUACAAACUCACGUAUUCCACUGAAGUCUUUGUUGAUCGAAGCAAAGGAAAACUCCAAGACAGUGUGGGCUUCCGGAUUUCAUCUAAUGUGGAUGUUGCCUUACGAUGGAGGAAUCCUGAUGGAGAUGAUGACCAACUGAUCCAAAUCACGAUAAAUGAUGUAAAUGUGGAAAAUGUGAAUCCAAAAAGAGGAGAGAAGAGCAUCUUCAAAGGAAAAAGUGCCCAUCAAGUUGUACGAAAGGAAAACUUGGAAACCCUCCAAAGACCCGUGCUCCUUCAUCUCGUCCAUGGAAAGGUCAAAGAGUUCUACUCGUAUCAAAAUGAGCCAGUUGCCAUACAAAACCUAAAGAGAGGAUUGGCUAGCCUGUUUCAGAUGCAGUUAAGUUCCGGAACCAGCAAUGAGGUAGAUAUCUCUGGGGAUUGUAAAGUUACUUACCAGGCUAACCAAGACAGUGUGAUCAAAAUUAAGGCUUUGGAUUCAUGCAAAAUAGCAAGAUCUGGAUUUUCAACCCCUAAUCAGGUCUUGGGUGUCAGUUCGAAAGCCACAUCUGUCAGUACCUAUAAAAUAGAAGACAGCUUUGUGACAGCUGUGCUGGCAGAAGAGACGCAUGCCUUUGGACUGAAUUUCCUUCAAACCAUCACAGGGAAAAUAGUAUCAAAGCAGAAAUUAGAGCUGAAGACGACUGAAGCAGGCCCAAGACUGAUGCCUGGCAAAAAGGUUGAAACUGUAAUAAAAGCUGUGGAUUCAAAGUACACAGCCAUUCCCAUUGUGGGGCAGGUCUUCCAGAGCGAGUGUAAAGGCUGCCUUUCUCUCUCAGAACACUGGCAUUCCAUCAGGAGUCACCUGCAGCCUGACAACCUCUCCAAAGCUGAGGCGGUUGGUCACUUUCUGGGCUUCAUCCAGCACCUCAGGACUGCGAAGAGAGAGGAGAUCCUCCAGAUCCUGCAGGCUGAGAGCAAAGACAUAUUACCUCAGCUGGUGGAUGCUGUAACCUCUGCUCAGACCCCAGACUCAUUAGAAGCCAUUUUGGACUUCCUGGAUUUCAAAAGUGACAGCAGUGUUAUCCUCCAGGAGAGGUUUCUUUACGCCUGUGGGUUUGCCUCCCAUCCCAGUGAAGAACUCCUGAGAACCCUCAUCAGUAAGUUCAAGGGUCCAUUUGGGAGCAAUGACAUCAAAGAAACUGUUAUGAUCGUCAUUGGAGCUCUUGUCAGGAAGCUGUGUCAGAAUGAAGGCUGCAAACUCAAAGCAGUCGUUGAAGCCAAGAAAUUAAUUCUGGAAGGACUGGAAAAAACAAAGAAGAAAGAGGACACCAUGAUGUAUCUGCUAGCUCUGAAGAAUGCCCUGCUUCCAGAAGGCAUCCCACUCCUGCUGAAGUAUGCAGAGGCAGGGGAGGGCCCCAUCAGUCACCUGGCUACCACCGCUCUCCAGAGAUAUGAUGUCCCUUUCAUAACUGAUGAGGUGAAGAAGACCUUGAACAGGAUAUACCACCAAAACUAUAAAGUCCAUGAAAAGACUGUGCGUACCACGGCAGCUGCUGUCAUUUUAAAGAACAAUCCAUCAUACAUGGAAGUAAAAAACAUCCUGCUUUCCAUUGGGGAGCUUCCCAAAGAAAUGAAUAAAUACAUGCUUGCUUUUAUUCAAGAUAUCCUGCAUUUUGAAAUGCCUGCAAGCAAAAUGGUCCGCCGCGUUCUGAAAGAAAUGGUUGCACACAAUUAUGAUCGCUUCUCCAAGAGUGGCUCCUCCUCCGCCUACACUGGCUACAUAGAACGUAGUCCUCGUUCAGCAUCCACGUACAGCCUUGACAUUCUGUACUCUGGCUCGGGCAUUCUGCGGAGAAGUAACCUGAACAUCUUUCAGUACCUUGGGAAGGCUGAUCUUCAUGGUAGCCAGGUGGUCAUUGAAGCCCAAGGGCUGGAGGCCUUAAUAGCAGCCACUCCUGAUGAGGGGGAGGAAAACCUUGACUCCUAUGCUGGCAUGUCAGCCAUCCUGUUUGAUGUUCAACUCAGACCUGUCACUUUUUUCAACGGAUACAGCGAUUUAAUGUCCAAAAUGUUGUCAGUGUCUGGUGACCCUGUCAGUGUCGUGAAAGGACUUAUUCUGCUAAUAGAUCAUUCACAGGAGCUUCAGUUGCAAUCUGGAUUGAAGGCCAAUAUCGAGGCCCAGGGUGGUCUAGCUAUUGAUAUUUCAGGUGCUAUGGAGUUCAGUCUGUGGUAUCGUGAGUCCAAAACUCAAGUGAAAAACCGGGUGGCUGUGGCCAUAAGAAGCGACAUCACAGUGGACUCCUCCUUUGUGAAAGCCGGCCUGGAAAUCAACACAGAAACAGAAGCUGGCCUGUUGUUCACCUCCACGGUGCAGUUUUCUCAGUACCCGUUCUUAGUGUGUAUGCAGAUGGACAAGGCUGAAGCUCCUUUCAGGCAACUUGAGACCAAAUAUGAAAGGCUGUCCACGGGCCGUGGUUACAUCUCCCGCAGAGGCAAAGAGACUGUGCUGCCUGGAUGUGAAUUCCCGCUCCAUCAGGAGAACUCUGAGAUGUGCAAGUUGGUCUUUGCCCCUCAACCAGAUAGUACUGGUGGAUGGUUUUAAAACUGACCGGUGAUAUUUCACUUGAAUUUGUCUCCCCCAAAGGGAUAUAAUGUGACAUGUCUGAGUACUUGCUCUCUAAGAGCAAAGUGUUUACAUAUUUACCCAUAUUUAAGGUUUUUGUAAAAAGCUAUAAAAUACUUCAGUUGAUUCAAUUUGGGUCCUGUAGCAUACUACCUGUACUGUCACUUUUCAUCAUUAUGGGACACUUUCAGCAAUAUUCUUAGCCUUCUGAUGCUUUUCCCAAAUACCAUUGGGCAGAGGGAAACUGGUUCUGUUCUAAGAGGAAACUGACAUUUGUUAAAACAAAACCAAAAUCCCAGAUACUCAGGAAAAUCCAGUUUUGCUCUAUAAUUAUCCAUCAAUGUAUAUGAAGCCCUUGGCAAAACCUUGAGCAUGCUUUGCUUUCUACCAAAUAAAUGUAUAGACUAUUUGGAAGAGAGGAGAGAUCAUUGUUUUAUUCUCCUCGCUCUUCCUUCCCCCUUCCCUCCUCUACCUCCCUCUACUCUGUUGCCCUCCCUCUUUUGGGGGUUGUGGGAGAGAGAGGGCUCAAGAUUUCUGCAAGACUUCUGGUAGCAAGUUCCAGAGUUGUUGUGCAUGUCUCCUGUUACUGUUAGUUUUGUUAAGCAGUCAGAUAGAAGUCAUCCAGAAUUAAGACUUAGGAUCUCCCCCUUCUGCUGCCCACAAAGUGAGGUUGCCUUAUAGCAGAUCAGACCUCUCUACCUCCAGUGCUACAGCAACAUUGGGCUGAGCAGCUAGGAAUUCUAAAAAAAUGUCUUUCAGAAACUCUGUAAUACCUCUUAAUACUUUGUGUAUUUGUGAUUGUAAUAUGGUAGGUACACUGUCCAUUGUCAAACACAUCUCUGUAUAAUCAUCACUUUGUCUCUGCUGUUGUAUGGUAGAAACUUU